AUGUCGGCAGCUGUUUGAACCAGCGGCACGCUACCUGACAUAGUCAGGUAUCAGUCAGCGUUUGAACACAACAAAACGUUCUAGAAAUUUUCAAGUGAUGCAUAACGGUUCCGUACUACGCCUUUCUUACGUUUAUAACAAAUUGAAAGCUGUAUUUUUUAUUUGUACAAUUUAAGCUAACAGUCUAUAUACCGCACGAGCAGCUAGCACGAUACCUAACGUCAACGUCACCAGAAAGAAACUGGAAAUAAAUUGAGUUUACACCCAAAGUCCAGUGUGAACGCGUGUUAGUGGAGGAAAUAACACCAACAAAAGCACAAUGAACGUCGCCAAAAGUGGUUAUCGUGUUUUCUCGGCAAACUCCUCCGUAGCAUGCACAGAGCUGGCCAAGAAGAUAACAGAGCGACUUGGAGUUGAACUGGGAAAGUCUGUUGUCUUUCAAGAGUCUAAUAGUGAGACAAGAGUGGAUGUUAAAGAAUCUGUUCGUGGACAAACAAUCUUCAUCAUCCAGACCAUACCAAGCAGAGAUGUCAACACAGCAAUCAUGGAGCUGCUUGUCAUGGCCUACGCCCUGAAGACCUCUUGUGCAAAGAACAUCAUUGGGGUGAUUCCGUACUUCCCCUACAGUAAACAGUGCAAGAUGAGAAAGAGGGGCUCCAUAGUAUGUAAGCUGUUAGCGUCCAUGUUGGCUAAAGCAGGGCUAACACACAUCAUCACCAUGGACUUGCAUCAGAAAGAGAUUCAGGGUUUCUUUUCUUUUCCGGUGGACAAUUUGCGGGCCUCCCCAUUCCUGAUUCAGUACAUUCAAGAGGAGAUUCCAGAUUACAGGAACGCCAUCAUUGUGGCCAAAUCCCCAGCAGCAGCAAAGAGAGCUCAGUCCUAUGCGGAACGCUUGCGUUUGGGUCUGGCUGUUAUUCAUGGUGAGGCUCAGUGUUCUGAGUCCGACAUGGCUGACGGAAGGCAUUCACCGCCGUGUGUGCGCAACACCACAGGACACACGGGAUUAGAGCUGCCUUCAGGCAAACAACAAGCUCCGUUCCCUGGCAUAGAGCUUCCAAUGAUGAUGGCCAAGGAGAAACCUCCCAUUACUGUUGUUGGGGACGUGGGGGGAAGAAUUGCCAUCAUUGUGGACGACAUCAUAGACGAUGUAGGAGAUUUUGUAGCAGCCGCUGAGAUCCUGAAAGAGAGAGGCGCUUAUAAAAUUUACAUCAUGGCCACACACGGAUUACUCUCGGCUGAUGCUCCACGUCUUAUAGACGAGUCAGCCAUUGAUGAGGUGGUGGUGACCAACACAGUCCCCCAUGAAGUGCAGAAGCUCCAGUGUCCAAAAAUCAAGACCGUGGACGUCAGUAUGAUCCUGGCGGAGGCCAUCCGCCGUAUCCACAAUGGAGAGUCCAUGGCUUACUUGUUCCGUAAUAUUGCCGUGGAUGAUUAAUCUAAACCAGAGAGGUGGGUCUGGUGUGGUUUUUGAGGCUUUCCUCCUCCUUCGAGCACACUACUGUGAUAGUAUUUAAAAAUUCCAUUGCAACAAAUAUCUAAAUAAUUGUUCACCUGUACACAAGUACUUAAUUUGGCAUCCAGAAAAUCUCCAUCCAGACCAAUAGUGUUUUAAAAAAAAAAAAAAAAAAAAAAAAAAAGCUUAGUGAUUGAUUUAUUUUUUUUAAUCGUGCCUGAAUUAAGAAUUAAUGAAUUAAUUAAGUAUAAUUUUGUUCUGCGGUGUGUUUUGAAGUUUCAGCUCUUUCUGGAAGAUGAUUUAUUUUUGCUUUAAUGAAACGCUUCUGUGCUUAAUAUCCGAUUGCCUACAGAAGUAGUAAGACACACGGUUAUGCGUCUCCAACCCUCUUGCUGGCCUUUGUGCCACUGUGAUUAGCUUGCAUUUGAUAUGAGGCAUGUGGUUUGCAGUCACCCAACCUCCUGCUCAUUGCCACCAAAUUUUUAGCUUUUUUUUUGCACCAUUUAUUAGACAUGGGUUAUGCAGAGUAACUAGGAGGAACUCUUUGGUUUACGCUCCAAAAUAAUUCAACUAUUGCAGAGAAAUUAUAUGAUUGUGUUAACUUUUAUAGUUUACCAUCCUCUAACUGUUAGACUAACACAAAUUCAAUACAUGUACUCAAUAGCAACUGUGACAUUAUUGUUCACAUUGCUAUUACUACACUAUUAUUUUGGUUUACAGCAGCACGGUUUGGACAGUGUUCAGUUUCACUGUUGUUCUGUGGUGCUGGCACAUGAAGUCAGCUUGUUGGUUGGGUUAACAUUUAUCUUCGCUUUACUUUCCAAAGAGUAUUUUCAGAAGUUUGUAUGUGGUGUUUGUGCUCAUUUUAUGCUUUUUAUUUUAUUUUUUUAUUUUUUUUACAGUAUUUUAAAUGUUGGACCUUUACCCAAAUAUGAAGUUAAAACACUUUUGGCGCCAUAAUCUUGUCAAAUCUUAUUUUGAUGAAAUCCCCAAAAGCAAUGAUGCUUUUUUUGAUUAAAUCCAAUCUCAACCAUGCAAGCAAUGUGGUGUUACUAUUAAUUUACUGCAAGUGCCGUGUCUGUGUCUAUUCUUAAACCAAAAAAUAUAUGUACUAUUAAGUCUUCAUCUACCUCCAUCAUUAAGUAGGAAUUCUGGUUCAGCUCCACUUUAGACUGAAUUAGCAUUGCAAUUGUUAGCAUGCUAAGAGGCUAAAAUUAAACUUGUACAUUACAAUUAGCAUUUACCUGGGCUCAGACUGAGACCUGCAUGAUUUUUAGACUUCACCAAAAUGAAAACAGACAACCACUGAAUGCCUAGAAGUUAUCUUUGCUAAUGAGAAAAAAACUGGUUAGAAUGGCAAAAAUAUGCAAAUUUGUAAUUACAGUCUUAGUGUACAGUUAAGUUGACAUUGGUCCUAUUAACCUAUGUAUGUUUUGAAGAUGUGCACCUUUUGAGCAUUUGAAGUUAUGCUUAGUCUGUAUAUUAAUAUAUAUCUCUGCUCAUUGAGCCCUUUGCUCAGGGACAUAUACUUUAUCAUGUUUUUUGCCCAUGUUCCUGAUGGUGGUUUGAUGGGGUGCUUGCUUUUUUGCCAUUUUUUGUCAUUAGUUUUCAAUGCAUUAUUUCUCAUCAGCUAAACUGUAAAUGUAUGUGCUGAUUCGCAAGCGGAAAGUUGCUGUAAUUUAAUGAUGUAUUUCCUGUUUUCUUUGUCUUGCUUACAACCUGAAUGUUUGAUGUUGUCUGUUAAAUAAAUUGUGUUGGUUUUUUUGC